UGGCGGCAAGCGAGGCGGUGCGGCUGUCCCGCGCGCGGCCCCACUCCUCCUGCGUGGUCGGUCCCGCGCGGCGGGCUGGGCGCCAUGUAUGCCGUGUACAAGCAGGCGCACCCGCCCACCGGCCUGGAGUUCGCCAUGUACUGCAACUUCUUCAACAACAGCGAGCGCAACCUCGUGGUGGCCGGCACCUCGCAGCUCUACGUGUAUCGCCUCAACCGCGACGCCGAGGCUCUGACCAAGAAUGACAGGAGCACAGAGGGGAAAGCCCACCGGGAGAAGCUGGAGCUGGUGGCUUCCUUCUCCUUCUUUGGCAACGUCAUGUCCAUGGCCAGCGUGCAGCUGGCGGGGGCCAAGAGGGACGCGUUACUGCUCAGCUUCAAGGACGCCAAGUUGUCAGUGGUGGAGUACGACCCGGGCACCCAUGACCUGAAGACCCUGUCCCUGCACUACUUCGAGGAGCCGGAGCUUCGGGACGGCUUCGUGCAGAAUGUGCACACACCACGAGUGCGGGUGGACCCCGACGGGCGCUGCGCCGCCAUGCUCAUCUAUGGCACCCGGCUGGUGGUCCUGCCCUUCCGCAGGGAGAGCCUUGCUGAGGAGCACGAGGGGCUCGUCGGGGAGGGGCAGAGAUCCAGCUUCCUGCCCAGCUACAUCAUCGACGUGCGUGCCCUGGACGAAAAGCUGCUCAACAUUGUGGACCUGCAGUUCCUGCAUGGCUACUACGAGCCCACCCUGCUCAUCCUGUUUGAGCCCAACCAGACCUGGCCGGGGCGGGUAGCCGUGAGGCAGGACACGUGCUCCAUCGUGGCCAUCUCGCUGAACAUCACGCAGAGGGUCCACCCGGUCAUCUGGUCCCUCACCAGCCUGCCCUUCGACUGCACCCAGGCCCUGGCCGUGCCCAAGCCCAUAGGUGGGGUGGUGGUCUUUGCUGUCAACUCGCUGCUGUACCUGAACCAGAGUGUCCCUCCUUACGGCGUCGCACUCAACAGCCUGACUGCGGGCACCACAGCCUUCCCCCUGCGCACUCAGGAUGGUGUGCGGCUCACCCUGGACUGUGCUCAUGCUGCCUUCAUCUCCUACGACAAGAUGGUCAUCUCCCUCAAGGGAGGCGAAAUCUACGUGCUGACCCUGGUAACCGACGGCAUGCGCAGCGUCCGAGCCUUCCACUUCGACAAGGCAGCCGCCAGCGUCCUCACCACCAGCAUGGUCACCAUGGAGCCUGGCUACCUGUUCCUGGGCUCUCGCCUGGGCAAUUCCCUCCUCCUCAAGUACACGGAGAAGCUGCAGGAGCCCCCGGCCAGUGCGGUCCGCGAAGCUGCUGACAAGGAGGAGCCUCCCUCGAAGAAGAAGCGAGUGGACCCCACAGGAGGCUGGUCAGGGAGCUCGACGGUGCCGCAGGAUGAGGUGGACGAGAUCGAAGUGUAUGGCAGCGAGGCCCAGUCGGGCACGCAGCUGGCCACCUACUCCUUUGAGGUGUGUGACAGCAUCCUCAACAUCGGACCCUGUGCCAAUGCAGCCAUGGGCGAGCCGGCCUUCCUCUCGGAAGAGUUCCAGAACAGCCCUGAGCCAGACCUGGAGAUCGUGGUGUGCUCUGGCUACGGGAAGAAUGGCGCCCUGUCGGUCCUGCAGAAGAGCAUCCGGCCCCAGGUCGUGACGACCUUUGAACUUCCUGGCUGCUAUGACAUGUGGACAGUCAUCGCCCCUGUGCGUAAGGACGAGGAGGAGACCCCCAAGGCAGAAGGCACAGAGCAGCCCAGGGCUGCCGAGGCAGAGGAUGGCGUGCGCAGACAUGGGUUCCUCAUUCUGAGCCGGGAGGACUCGACCAUGAUCUUGCAGACCGGGCAGGAGAUCAUGGAGCUGGAUACCAGUGGCUUUGCCACCCAGGGCCCCACUGUCUUCGCGGGGAACAUUGGGGACAACCGGUAUAUUGUCCAAGUGUCCCCAUUGGGUAUCCGCCUACUGGAAGGAGUAAACCAGCUGCAUUUCAUCCCGGUGGACCUGGGAGCGCCCAUUGUGCAGUGUGCUGUGGCUGACCCCUAUGUGGUCAUCAUGAGUGCCGAAGGCCACGUCACCAUGUUCCUCCUCAAGAGUGACACGUACGGUGGCCGCCACCAUCGCCUGGCACUGCACAAGCCCCCCCUACAUCAUCAGUCCAAGGUGAUCACGCUCUGCCUGUACCGUGACGUCAGUGGGAUGUUCACCACUGAGAGCCGCCUAGGAGGGGCCCGCGAUGAGCCGGGGGCCCGUGGCAGCUGCGAGGUGGAGGGCCUGGGUGCAGAGACCAGAGAGGGCCCUGACGUGCCGCCCCGCAGCCCCACGGUGGAUGAUGAGGAGGAGAUGCUGUACGGGGACUCGGGCUCCCUCUUCAGCCCCAGCAAGGAGGAGACCCGGAGGAGCAGCCAGCCCCCGGCUGACCGGGACCCUGCACCCUUCCGAGCAGAACCUACCCACUGGUGCCUGCUGGUGCGGGAGAACGGAACCAUGGAGAUGUACCAGCUGCCCGACUGGCGACUGGUGUUCCUGGUGAAGAACUUCCCCGUGGGGCAGCGGGUCCUGGUGGACAGCUCCUUUGGACAGCCAGCCACACAGGCUGAGGCCCGCAAGGAGGAGGCCACGCGCCAAGGGGAGCUGCCCCUUGUCAAGGAGGUGCUGUUGGUGGCACUGGGGAGCCGGCAGAGCAGGCCCUACCUGCUGGUGCACGUGGACCAGGAGCUGCUCCUCUACGAGGCCUUUCCCCACGACUCACAACUCGGCCAGGGCAACCUCAAAGUCCGCUUCAAGAAGGUUCCCCACAACAUCAAUUUCCGUGAGAAGAAACUGAAACCAUCAAAGAAGAAGGCGGAGGGUGGAAGCACCGAAGAGGGGGCCGGGGCCCGGGGCCGUGUGGCUCGUUUCCGCUACUUUGAGGACAUUUAUGGCUACUCAGGGGUGUUCAUCUGUGGGCCCUCACCCCACUGGCUCUUGGUGACUGGCCGGGGGGCACUGCGGCUGCACCCCAUGGGCAUUGACGGCCCCAUCGACUCCUUUGCCCCAUUCCACAAUGUCAACUGCCCCCGGGGCUUCCUGUACUUCAACAGACAGGGUGAGCUGCGGAUCAGCGUCCUGCCCGCCUACUUGUCCUACGAUGCCCCGUGGCCUGUCAGGAAGAUCCCUCUGCGCUGCACCGCCCACUAUGUGGCUUACCAUGUGGAGUCCAAGGUGUACGCGGUUGCCACCAGCACCAACGCGCCAUGCACCCGCAUCCCACGCAUGACGGGCGAGGAGAAAGAGUUUGAGACCAUCGAGAGAGAUGACCGGUACAUCCACCCCCAGCAGGAGGCCUUCUCCAUCCAGCUCAUCUCCCCGGUCAGCUGGGAGGCCAUCCCCAACGCCAGGAUUGAACUGGAGGAGUGGGAACACGUGACAUGCAUGAAGACCGUGUCACUGCGUAGUGAGGAGACCGUGUCGGGCCUCAAGGGCUACGUAGCUGCAGGGACCUGCCUCAUGCAGGGGGAGGAGGUCACCUGCCGUGGGCGGAUCCUCAUCAUGGAUGUGAUCGAGGUGGUGCCGGAGCCCGGCCAGCCCCUCACUAAGAACAAGUUCAAGGUCCUCUACGAGAAGGAGCAGAAGGGGCCUGUGACCGCCCUGUGUCACUGCAAUGGCCACCUGGUGUCGGCCAUCGGCCAGAAGAUCUUCCUGUGGAGCCUGCGGGCCAGCGAGCUGACCGGGAUGGCCUUCAUCGACACCCAGCUGUACAUCCACCAGAUGAUCAGCGUCAAGAACUUCAUCCUGGCAGCCGACGUCAUGAAGAGCAUCUCGCUGCUGCGGUACCAGGAGGAGAGCAAGACGCUGAGCCUGGUGUCCCGGGACGCCAAGCCCCUGGAGGUAUACAGUGUGGACUUCAUGGUGGACAACGCCCAGCUGGGCUUUCUGGUGUCCGACCGCGACCGCAACCUCAUGGUGUACAUGUACCUCCCUGAAGCCAAGGAGAGUUUCGGGGGCCUGCUCCUGCUGCGCAGAGCAGACUUCCACUUGGGGGCCCAUGUCAACACCUUCUGGAGGACCCCAUGCAGGGGUGCCGUGGAGGGGCCCAGCAAGAAGUCCGUGGUGUGGGAGAACAAGCACAUCACAUGGUUCGCCACGCUGGACGGCGGCAUCGGGCUGCUGCUGCCCAUGCAGGAGAAGACCUACCGGCGGCUGCUGAUGCUACAGAACGCCCUCACCACUAUGCUGCCCCACCACGCCGGCCUCAACCCACGCGCCUUCAGAAUGCUGCACGUGGACAGGCGCACCCUGCAGAACGCCGUGCGCAACGUCCUGGACGGCGAGCUGCUCAGCCGCUACCUGUACCUCAGCACUAUGGAGCGCAGCGAGCUGGCCAAGAAGAUCGGCACGACGCCAGACAUCAUCCUGGACGACUUGCUGGAGACAGACCGUGUCACUGCCCACUUCUAAAGCCCCGGAGACUGCUGCUGCCCCAUCACUGCCCUCACCCCGCUGCCUCCCACCCCUUUUGUACAAAAUACAAGAGAAAGAUUUGUUUGA